UAUAUGCAGUCAGACACACACACACUCAAAUCAGUACAUAGAAAAAAGCGUCGGUGUACUUGCUCAUUUUCUUUCCAUUUCAUUUCCCUUGUAAUAUUUCCCUAUUUCAUUUAUCUCUUACGUUUCUCCUCCUUUUUCUUAAAUCCCUAAUUUCGAUCUCAUUUCUCUCUCUUCUCCAAUUCCUAAAUUUUUCUGCAAUUUCGAGUGUGAGAAGCAGAGAGAAGAGAGAGAAAGAGAGCGAUUUUCGACGAUAAUGGAGAAAUCUACGGCCAUGUUUAUGGUGGCCGUUGUUUUCUUGUUUUCUAGUGUUGUUCAAGUGAGAUCUGACGCUUCCGAUCAUCGCUACAAAGCUGGAGAAGCAGUUCCUCUUUACGCCAAUAAAGUUGGCCCUUUCCAUAACCCUAGUGAAACAUACCGGUAUUUCGAUCUGCCUUUCUGUGCCCCAGAUCAUGUGAAAGAAAAAAAGGAAGCUCUUGGUGAAGUCCUAAAUGGAGAUCGUCUAGUCAGUGCUCCUUAUAAACUUGAUUUCCUAGUGGAUAAGGAUUCAGAACUUAUAUGCAAGAAAAAAAUGUCAAAGGAAGAAGUGGUUAAGUUUAGAGAUGCAGUAUCAAAAGAUUACUACUUCCAAAUGUAUUAUGAUGAUUUGCCAAUUUGGGGUUUCCUUGGUAAAGCUGACAAAGAAGGGAAACUGGACCCGAGCGAGUACAAAUUUUAUCUGUAUAAGCAUAUUCACUUUGACAUCUUUUACAAUAAGGACCGCGUCAUUGAAAUCAAUGUUCGAAUGGAUCCUAACUCUUUGGUGGAUAUUACUGAGGAUAAGGACAUUGACAUGGAAUUUAUGUACACAGUAAAGUGGAAGGAUACAAUCACCCCUUUUGAGAAGAGAAUGGAUAAAUAUUCUCAAUCAUCUUCUCUUCCUCAUCAUCUAGAAAUUCACUGGUUCUCUAUCAUAAACUCAUGCGUUACUGUACUCCUCCUGACUGGAUUUCUUGCCACAAUUCUCAUGCGAGUUCUCAAGAAUGACUUUGUUAAGUAUGCACAUGAUGAGGAAACAGCUGAAGAUCAGGAAGAAACGGGAUGGAAAUAUAUUCAUGGUGAUGUAUUUAGGUUUCCAAUGUACAAAUCGCUGCUUGCAGCUUCUCUGGGAUCUGGCACCCAGCUUUUUACUCUUACUCUUUUCAUCUUCCUACUUGCAUUAGUAGGAGUGUUUUACCCAUAUAACCGAGGAGCCCUGUUCACGGCCCUUGUUGUCAUUUACGCUCUCACAUCUGGAAUUGCUGGCUACACUGCGACCGCCUUUUAUAGCCAAUUGGAAGGAACAAACUGGGUCAGGAACCUCUUGUUAACCGGGUGCCUGUUCUGUGGGCCUCUGUUUCUGACCUUCUGCUUCCUGAACACAGUAGCAAUUGCAUAUACUGCUACUGCUGCUCUUCCUUUUGGCACCAUUGUGGUGAUUCUUCUUAUCUGGACACUUGUGACAUCACCAUUGCUUGUUUUGGGUGGAAUUGCUGGUAAGAAUAGCAAGGCUGAGUUUCAAGCUCCUUGCCGCACUACUAAGUACCCCAGAGAAAUUCCACCACUUCCAUGGUAUCGCAGUACUCUUCCUCAGAUGGCCAUGGCUGGAUUUUUGCCUUUCAGUGCGAUAUAUAUAGAGCUUUACUACAUCUUUGCCAGUGUUUGGGGCCACAGGAUUUACACUAUAUACAGCAUCUUGUUCAUCGUCUUCAUUAUUUUGAUUAUUGUGACUGCUUUCAUCACUGUGGCCUUGACAUACUUCCAACUUGCUGCUGAAGAUCAUGAAUGGUGGUGGAGGGCUUUCCUAUGUGGUGGUUCCACAGGUCUAUUUAUCUAUGGCUAUUGCUUAUAUUACUACUACGCACGUUCUGAUAUGACUGGUUUUAUGCAAACGUCGUUUUUCUUUGGCUACAUGGCUUGCAUUUGCUAUGGCUUCUUCCUCAUGCUCGGAACUGUUGGUUUCCGUGCCUCACUCCUGUUUGUCCGCCAUAUAUAUCGGUCUAUCAAAUGUGAGUAGAUAGGCAGUGUGAGUUCUGGUCUGUGCCGGUCUUUUUCUUCUCCGUUCUCCCUCACCGGUGAUGUUCUGGCAUUGUAACGAAUUUAUGAUCUCAUUAAGGGUAAGUAUUAUUGUGAACUUGCUCUCUGCCAUUGCAGUUUUAGCAACAUACGAGAUGACGCUCCCUAGUACUCUUCCUUGUAUGGUUUAAUGAAGAAAAAAUGUCAAAGUAGGAGAAUUAUGUCUUGUAGUAGAUUACAUGAAUUGUACUAUCAAAUUUUAUAGAUUUUUUGACACUAAAUUGCACAAUAUCUGAUGAAAUUUAAAAUUUGUUUGGAUCA